AUGCGAACAGCAACAAAUGGUACUCAUAGUGAAUCACCUGUAAAAAAUCCAACACAUACACAAGCUGAUAAUGAUGAUGAAUAUCGUCGUGAACUUGAACGACCAGCUGAUGUUAAAGAAGAUAUGAGACAAAUGGGACAACGACAACGUGUUACAAUGAUAUUAAAUUCAAGAGAAUUUCGUGAUGAACUUGAAGCAAUUAUAACUGAUGCAUUAAAACAUGGACCACAUCCAGCAUCAUUAAUUGCAUUACAACAAAUAUCAGAAUUAUUAUUACCACAUACAUCACGUUGGACAACAGUAUCAUCAUUAUCACGUACGGGUGGUUCAGUUAUUGUACCAAUUAAUGAUAUACGUGGAAUUGAUUCAACAAAUUAUUCUAAAAGUGAACGUUUACUUCGAUGUAAAUUAGCAUCACUUUAUCGACUUAUUGAUUUAUUUGGAUGGUCACAAGGCAUUUAUAAUCAUAUAACAGCUCGUAUUAAUCAAGAACAAGAACAUUUUUUAAUUAAUCCAUUUGGUAUGAUGUAUCAUGAAGUAACAGGUUCAGGUUUAGUUAAAGUUGAUAUUGCUGGAAAUAUUAUUGAUCCGGGUAGUACAACAUAUGGAAUAAAUCGUGCUGGUUAUACACUUCAUUCAGCUAUUCAUAAAGCUCGACCGGAUAUAAAAUGUAUUGUACAUUUACAUACACCAGCAGUUGCUGCUGUAUCAGCUAUGAAAUGUGGUCUUUUACCAUUAUCACAAGAUGCAUUAUUUUGUGGAAAAAUUUCAUAUCAUGAUUAUCGUGGAAUAUUAAUUGAAGAUGAUGUUAAAAAACUUCUUGUCGAAGAUUUAGGUCCAAUAAAUAAAGUAAUGAUAUUACGUAAUCAUGGUUUUGUUGCAUGUGGUGAAACAAUUGAAGAAGCUUGGAAAUAUGCAUUUAAUGUUAUUAAUGCUUGUGAAGUACAAGUACGUGCAGCACCUAUUGGCAUUGAUCAAUUAUAUUUACCAUCGAAUGAACAACAAAAACGAAUUGCUGAUGUACUUCAAGGUAAUAUAAAUGAAGCAACUGAAGAUAAAAAAUGGAAAAUAGGUGAACUUGAAUUUGAAUGUUUAAUGCGUAUUUUGGAUAAUGCUGGUUUUCGUACGGGUUAUGUUUAUCGUCAACCAUUAAUUCGUACAAUUGAUAAAAGUGCAACAUUUAAAGAUAUUGAAGUACCACCAGCUGCUUCAUCAGCAACAUCAUUUGUUGAUGUUGGACAAACACAACCUGAAGCUUAUUCACCAUCACGUCAAGCUCAACGUACAACUGAAUGGCGUAAUUCACCAAAUGCUUAUUUAAAACAAGAAAUUGAAGAAACAGGAACACCUAAUCCAAAGAAAGUUACUAAAUGGGUACCAGAUACCGGUUUAAAACAUUCAACACCAAUUAAAAUUGAUACAAAACAUCAAUUUGCACCAAGUAAUGUUGAUCCAAAAGAACUUAAAAUUCAUCAAAAACAAAUAAAAGAAGAUCGUUUUAAUGAAAAAGUAUCCGCUGGCUAUCAAUCGAAAAUUCUUGAAAAUGUUGGUUGGGAAGAUGUAUCACAAAUGAAAGAUCCUCAUCAAACAUCAUCAGAACCAAUUGUUGUUGUUGGUGCCGCAUCAAAAGGUAUUAUUAAACGUGAUCAACAAAAUAAUGCUGGAGUUUAUAAAUCAUAUUAUGGUCAAAAUCCAUUUGCACAUAUGGAUAAUGAUGAAAUUGAAAAAUAUAAACGUGAAGUUGAACAAAAUCAAAUGCGUGAACAAGGAGGUGAUUCUCAAUAUGAUGAACAAGUUGAUAGUCAAAAUACAAGUACUAUUGGACGAGAAGAUACAAAAAUUCUUUAUGAAGAUCUUGAUUUAGAUAUUGAUAGUUGUACACAAUAUUUAAUUGAUUUUAUAUUUGAUAAAAUUGAAUUUGAUAAACAAAAACAAUAUAUUAUUAUUUAUUAUCAUAAUCAAAUGUUAAAAAUAAAAAAUUUAACACAAAAAUUUUUACAACCAACAUCAAAAAAACUUCGAUUAACAUCAAAUAAAACAUCAACAUUAGAUUCAUCAAUAAAAACAAUUGAUGAAGAACAAGUUACUAUUGUAACACAAUGGCUUGAUCAAUUAAAUCGACAAAAUUUUAUAACAAUAACAGAACAAAAUGAUAUUGUUAUUCUUCCUAGUGGAGAAGAUGAUGAACAACAAAUACUUAUUAAUCAUGAUGAUGUUGAUAAAUAUAUGGAAAAUAAACUUAAAAUAUCAAAAGCAACUGAUGAACCUGAACUUAUUAUUAUGAAUGAUAUAGCACGAAUAUUACUUUUAUAUAAUUAUGUUCAAUAUUCAUCUGGACAUUUAACAUAUGGUACACAACGUAUAGCAUUAGAUCGAAAUGAAUUAUUAUGGUUAAGAUCAAUUAUACGUGGUGUAAGAAUUCAUGAACAAAAUCGAGAAACAGAAGUUGAUUUAUUUGAUGGAGAACAUACACAAGUAUUACGAUUACCAUUUGAACACAUGUUACCAACAAAUGAUCGAAAUUCAGUUGCAAAUUAUUUAUUUGAAAAUGGUACUGUUCGAUAUGAUAUUGAUACAGGAAAUUAUGCAUAUCGUUAUGUACAACCUGAUAUACCAUUAGAAGAUGAUAUUGAUUCACCUGAACGUAUCGGUCAACGUCAAAUUCUUUCAUCACAUAUUCGUCAUAUUCAUGUUGAUGAAGAUAAAAAACGUAUUGAACUUGAAUUUAUUCAUGAUCAAAAUCAUCGUUUACAAUUACCAUCACGUUGGUAUCAUCAAGCUGCAGCUCAUGGUUUUGAUCGUUCUUACAUUAUUGAUAUGUUACUUGCUAAUGGUGGUACUAUUGAUCAUGAUACAUUUAUAUUUAAUGGUCAAAGUUAUUCAUUACAAGUUCCACGUGUAUUAUCAACAUCAUCAACAAUUCCAACAGCAAAUCUUCAAACAUUAAAAUUAUCAACAAAAGAAAAACAAAAUCUUAUUGAAAAUUAUGUUGAAUUUAUAAAUAAACAAGAUGGUAUAAAACGUGAUAAUACAAAUAAUUUAUUAUUAUUAGAAAAUGAAACUGAUGGUUCACAAUUAUAUUUAACACCUGAACAUAGUCAAUUUAUACAUCAAAAUAAAUAUCGACGACAAGAUGUUGCCUAUUUACUUAAUAAACAUGGACAAAUAAAACAGGAUGAAUUUGAUAAUUGGUUAUUAUAUUAUAAUAAUCAAUAUGUUCAAUUUCCACCAUCAAUUAUUCCACCACCAUCAACAACAACAAAUAAAGCUAAUGUAAUACGUUCAUUAGGUCAACGAUUUAUACGUCCAACACCAUCAACAAUAAAUGAAGAUGAUAAAGAAUUUCGUGCUCGUUUAGCACAAGAAACAAAAAAUGAAUUUAUUGAACGUUAUCAUGCAACAAUUAAUUAUAUGUAUCAUCAUAAUUUAAUAGCAUGUAAUAAACGUUUAAAAUUAGUUAAAUUACAUUUUUCAAAUCAAACAUUAAUCAUACCAAUGGAUCAUUUACGUUCAAUUAUUGAUACACGUAUAUUAAAUUCAACAAUUGAUAAUCAAUUACCAUUUCAAAGUCAACAAUUAUCAGAAUGGUUAUUAGAAAAUUCUGACACAAUAAGUAAUACACGUGAAGGUUAUAUACAAUUAACACAUAAAAAUAAAAUAUAUAAUUUUCCAUUAAUAAAUCCAAAUCAAUUAAAAUCACAAUCAACAUUAUCAGCUAUAGUACCACGUUAUGGUUUAACAUCAAGAGAACCAACAUUAUUAUCAAAAAUUGAUUUAACAACAUCAGAUAAUCAAAUACGUUGUGCUAAUCAUUUACUUGAAAGACUUGAUGAAUUAGGUUGUAUUAAUAUUGAUAAUGAUACACGUACACUUAUUCUAUCAAUGACGCCAGAUAAACAACAAAAAUUAAUAAUUAAUAAUCCUCAAUUACCUGUUACAAGACAAACAUUAACUGAUUAUUUAAUAAAUCGUGGUCGUUUUGUAUUAAAUUCUGAUCGUAAAGAUAUUGAAUAUCGUCAUUAUGAUGAUGGACGUAUAUAUCGUUUUACUUCAUUUAUACGAGAUUGGAAUAAUGUAUUUGAUGAAACAUAUGACCAACGUACUGUACGUAUAUUAGGUGAAAUUUUAUCAUUAAAUGGAAGAUUUUUACAACGUGCUGAUAGACAAAUAAUAAUAUCAUUAAGAAAUGGUGAACGUUUUAUUAUACCAAGUGAUAUUGGUUCACAAUUAAUUGGUCCUGUUAAUGGACAAACUAUAGCUAGAUUACUUUUUGAAUAUGCUGAUGAUAUACAAGAAGAACAAGAUGGAAAAUAUUUAAUUAUUACACUUGGUAAUCAAACAUUACGUUUACAACAACAAAAACAAUUAAUGUCAACAGGACAAAUUUCAACAAUAACACCAGCUAAAUCAACAAUUGAUCCAAAAUUAAAAUUACUUUUUCCAUUUAAUAAAUCAUUAAGACAAAUAACAAAAACACCAUCAACAUCAACAUUAAAUAUUCAACCACCAGAUGCAUCAAAUGGUUAUGCUAUUGAUCCAUUACUUAUGCUUGCUAAUUAUAUAUAUCGUGCUGGUUCAAUAUAUCAAGAUGAUCUUGGUCGUUUAGUUAUUAAAAUGGAUGAACAUGAAAUUGUUGUACCACGUAUCGAAGCUAUUAAUGCUAUUGAAACAAUAAAUACAUCACCACAUCGUAC